CCAAUCGCGGGGCGGCGCUGGCUGCAGCGGGGACAACAGUGGAGUGGGAGAUGGCGCCCAGCUCCAAAUCAGAAAAGGACGACAGCAAGCAGAAAGCUCAGAGAAAGCACAAAGACCAUGUCGUGAAACUUCUCAUGCGUGGGAAGCUGUCAGGACAGUUUUCUCAGCGCAUGUUCAGGAAGCUGCCACCUCGAGUGUGUGUCCCACUGAAGAAUAUUGUCAGCGAGGAGUUCCUGAGAGCAGGACAUGUUUUUCUUGGCUUCACCAAAUGUGGCCGCUACGUUCUGUCCUACACCAGCGACUGUGGAGAAGAUGAUGACUUCUCUUUCUAUACCUACCAUCUCUACUGGUGGGAGUUCAACCUGCACAGUCGACUCAAACAGGUCCAUCAUGUCCGUCUGUUUGCAGGAGAGGAGAUCUACAGCGACCUGUACCUGACUGUGUGUGAGUGGCCCAAUGACCACUCCAAGAUAGUCAUCUUCGGCUUCAAUACUCGCAGUUCCAGCUCUGUUCUGAUGAACCUGAUGAUGAGUGAUGAGAACAACAGAGACAUCUACAUCACUAUCGCCUCCAUGCCUCCUCCCAAGCCUUGCUCCUACUGCUGCCCAGUGCCCUCAGCUACAACCAUACGCACAGGAGGAGAGUGUCUGGAGCACGGCUAUGUGCUGAACAGCAGGUACCAGGUGGUGUACCCCUUCCCCACUUUCCAGCCCGCUUUCCAGCUGAAGAAGGACCAGGUGAUCCUGUUAAACACCAGCUACUCUCUGGUGGCCUGCGGCAUCUCACUCUGCCCAGGUAAACAGGGUCAGUCCUCACAGAUCCUUUACACUAAGAGAGUAGCUCUGUCCAGUCCAGCCUCCACAUCAUCUUCUUCCUCCACCUCCUCGGCCUCCUCUUCCUCGCUACCUCAGGGAUCUCCAGAAAGCCGAUUGCCGCCCAGCAGACCUCCUUCGGUCCCCUCGUCUCCCAUCCAGUCACAAGCAGCAGUGCGAGCCCGGGAGUUUGCAGCAGACCUGUUCAGGCGAGCCCAGGGGGGCGGAGCCAGAGACAGCGAGGGCCCGGCAGAGAGGAGAUCAGCUGAUGGAGCUGAGAAGGAGGCAGCACAGACUCCUGGAGACAAAGGGAUAACUGUAGAGAGGAGGCGAGGCGAGGAGGAGAAACGGACUAGUUUACCACCAGCGUCUACUUCAGGAGGGAGCCACAGUUUGCCUCAGUGCUCUGAACAAGUCAUGUCUCCUGCCUCCUCUUCCUCGUCCCCUUCAUCUCCUCCCACCCCGUCCUCCUCUCAGGAGGCCGGCCCCAGCGAGCCGGGGUACGUCAACUAUUCACGUCUGCACUACCGCCUCCAACAGCCAGGGGCAGCAGAGCAGAACACAGGAGGCGCAGGAGGUUAUGAAGACGAUAAAGUUCAGCUCCCUUUCACAGUCACGGACCUUAAAGGACGAAACCUGCAGCUGGUCACCGGACCACACAACGGACAGAGUGUGUGUGUGGAGCAGCUGACUCUAGACUUUGAGUAUCUGAUCAAUGAGGUGAUCAGGAGCGAUGCUGCCUGGGCUCCUCAGUUCUGCUCCUUCAGUGACUACGAUGUUGUCAUAUUAGAGGUGUGUCCUGAAACCAACACUGUGAUGAUCAACAUCGGUCUGCUGCUGCUGGCCUUCUCCAACUCAGACGAGGAGCACUGCAGGCCAAACACGUAUCAUUCCAACCUGCAGGUGAGCUGGGACCUAAACACAGGCGUGUGUCGCACUGUGGGUGUAGGUGACCUUACAGAGGUCAAGGGUCAGACCAGUGGGAGUGUGUGGAGCUCCUACAGGAAGUCGUGUGUGAACACGGUGAUGAAGUGGCUGGUUCCAGAGAGCAGCUCCCGCUACAUUAACCGCAUGACCAACGAAGCUCUACACAAAGGCUCGUCCCUGCAGGUAUUGGCAGAUAGUGACCGAUGUACCUGGAUUAUAUUAUGAAGAAAGCAACAGAAACAAAGAUGCGCGGCAUCACGGCCUCAUCGUCAGUACGGAGCUCGACUCAAUCUGAGAGAAUCUGCACACAUUCAGACUAGUUCAACACAAAGAGUCAAAGAGAAACCAAACGGAGCGCUCUAGAUGCUGUAAAGAUGACGUUUUUGGUUAGUCUGUGUUUUAAUUUUAAAGGUUUCAUCUUUUUUUUUUUUUCUAAUUGUGUACUGUAUUAUUGAAACCACCAAAACGAAGAGCUGGACUGAACGAAGAUUUAGUUUUUACUUUUUGUUUUUAUACAUAAAGGUGUCCUGUUAUUGUAGUGUGAGUGUUUCUGGUGUGUCUGUAACUGAACGUAUGCAAUAUCUGCACCUGUGUGAUGUUCACAAAGAGAAUUUCAUCCAGAGAAUAAGUGUGUGUGUGUGUGUGUGUGAAUGUUUAAUAUGUAUGUAACCUUUGAGAGAUUUCUGCUGCUUCUCAAUAAGUUUUUUCCUCACCUGACCUGGACCAGUUUAGUCUGGCUGUGUUGAAUCAUAUUGCUGCAGUAUUUAAAGCAAGACAAACUGAACCCAGCACUGCAUCACUUGACUCUUAAGAUCUUUUUUUUUUUUUUUUUUUUAGACCUAAGUAAUGGAGUAGUGGGGUUGUUCAGAUGUUCAGCUGGUUGACAUGCUGUAUGUUUAAUGGCAUGGAAGUAAGACUAUGUUCUAUUUGGAUAUUUUGUGAAAAUAAAACAUUUAAAGAUU